CGGACCGUGAACGACAGAAUGGGGAGGCUUAGCCAGUUAUGGGCACAUUUAUACUGUUCCAGAGCCUUCAAGUUUUUACAUAGGCUUGACACCCAUUUGGGCAGUGCAACAGUUGUUCGCGGGUACCAGAAGUUCAGCUAUAGGCCUACAAUGAAAGAUAUGCCAGUACCAAUGGGUUCUUGGCAGCGCCAUCACCAGAAACAACAAGAGAGGCAUAACCGGAAACUUAUGACUGGGAUCGCCUUUGCUGGUUUCACAGCAUUUUGUGCCAUUCAGAGUGGUAGUCUGGAGAUUUUUUAUCGUCCUCGUAUGUGCAAAGUGACUCAUCUACCUGAAGGUAAAGUGGAGAGAGGGGACGAAGACGUUGAAGAUUCUCAGACAUUCCAAGAUCCUCGCUGGGGUGCUCCUCUGAAACUUAAUCAAAACGAGGAGGCUCUAUCCACAACUUAUAGGGAUCUUAGCGUUCCGACUGAUAAGACUUCCACCUCCCCCGAGGUGAAAACACCAGCCUCCUCAUCUGGGAAAGCUCUUGAUUACCCAGUUGAAGAAACUCCUGCUACUCAAGCCGAAGAGACUCCAUCCACCUCAGGUGAAAAGAAACUUUCUUCAGUAGUUGAGAAGACAUCAUAUCCACAGGAUGGCAAGGAACCACUUGAACCUGUUAUUUCUAAAGAGAAAGGUGAGUGUUUUGUUAUAGAGUACAGGUUACACUUAAUGCCUAUAUGAUUGAGGUAUGCAGAU